UGAUGGAGAAAAUUCUUCCAUGUUCUCAGGAUUUAUACUGAUAACUUGUAGUUUUCUUCCAUCAUUUGAGGAAACUUUGAAGGGCAGAAUUCAAAAAUUAGAGGUGAUUUUUUGAGGACAAGGGUUUGAAGUUGGGGAUGGAUUCCAAAAAGUUAGCGAAGUGUGAAUUAUGGAGAUUGACGUUUUCGUGUCUGGUGUUUCUUUGUGUGGUCCCAGCUACCUCGAAAGCAUCAUGGAUGUGGCUCGGAAUAGCAUCCCUUGGUACCGCCAACCAACCAAAUGACAUCCCGGCAAGCAUGGAUCCAGACCCAGUGGUCCAACCGCCCCCCGGCCAAUCCGUUUGUUCCCUCGUACCUGACUUGGCCAACGAGCAGCGGGUCGUCUGCGAGCAGAGACCAGACACUAUACCGGUGAUCGGAGCGGGAGCACGGCUUGGUAUCGUCGAGUGUCAGAGGCAAUUCCGUGAGGAAAGAUGGAACUGUACAAUCCAUGAUCAGGAGCAGAAUGCCUUCGGAAAAGUGUUGAAAACAGCUAGCAGAGAGACAGCAUUUGUGUAUGCUAUUACCAGUGCUGGAGUAGUUCAUGCCGUGACGAAGACAUGCAGCAUGGGUAACUUGACUGACUGUUCAUGCGAUGUGUCCCGCAAUGGUGUCUUCAAUGAGGAGGGUUGGCAGUGGGGAGGAUGUAGCGAUAAUGUGGCCUAUGGAGUCAAGAUUGGCAAGCAGUUUGUCGACGCUGCUGAGGAUACCGACAGCAAAGUCCGCAAUGCCAUGAACUUACACAACAAUGAGGUUGGAAGACAGAUCAUCCAGCAAUUCAUGACGAGGCAAUGCCGCUGCCACGGCGUGUCUGGAUCUUGCACCGUCAAAUCUUGCUGGAACACCGUACCAGACUUUCUAGUUGUUGGAGACUACCUCAAGAGGAAAUACAUCCAGUCAGUAGAGGUCCUCAACCGCCCCACGAAGAGGAGACUACGAAGGAAAGAAAGGAGCAUGCGCAAAGUACCCAUCACCAUGGAAGAACUGGUUCAUCUGGAGAGGUCGCCAAAUUAUUGCGUGCGUGACCUUUCCAAAGGCAUUAUGGGAACAUCCGGUAGAGAGUGCAACCGGACAUCGAGUGGUGGUGAUAGUUGCGAUCUGUUGUGUUGUGGGAGAGGUUAUAACACACAAGAGGUGAGACUGGUGGAGAGAUGCGAUUGCAAAUUCAUCUGGUGCUGUGAAGUGAAAUGUAGGGUUUGUGAAACUGUUACGGACGUAUUCACUUGCAAGUGAGAAUUGAUGUUUUACCAGAACGCCUCUGAGGACCACGCCCAACGUAGAAACUGUAAACAUCCAUGCUGUAGUGAUAAUUGAGAUCUCACCAACUACCUAUUACAAGACCACGCCGCAACGUCGAUACGUGUAAGACCGUGCCCUAAGAGACAACAAAUGACAGAGACAUUUUCUGUGUGAAGGUUUACCACGAGGAGUGCUAUUCAUAUGGUAGUUUGCGGUACCACGUUAAAUCAAAAUAAUUAUUAAAAUUGUAUAAAAAGGUGAUGAUUUAUUGAUUAUAACUUUUCUAUUAUAACAAUGUGUAUUCAAAUAAAAUGUUCCAUUGACAAUAAUACAGUAAUGGCGAUAUAACAUGACGUUAGUGCCUAUUAUUUAGCAACGGUAAACUCUGUUCAGCAGUUCUAUUUGCUGACACCCUUGCACGGUCACAUUCAUGUUAAAAGCAUAGCCUAGGAGUGCACUGUUUGGUUUGGGUGUAUACAGACAAAUUUACCGAAACUAGUGUCUUAGUAUUGUGUCGACCAUCUCAAAAAGGCUUAUUGAAUCCAAAACAACGUUACUGUUCUUUUCCGCGGUGACUUUGUAGGGCGCCCUCACAAAUACAUACGAACGGUUUGCCUCACCAUAAAAAUAAUAUGACGUCCCUCUUUUAGGCUCGUGAACAACGCCAGAAAACUGGUUGGUCUUGAGCACCCGGGAAACUGAGUGACUGCAGAGUCAAUUUUAAACAAUAAAAACUGUGAACAAGCAUUUUAUUUUUUACGCGAGCGGCUAUUCAUAUAUGACAAAGGGAAUAUGAUAUUGCAGCAGUAAUAAAUUAUUUAUAAU